AUGGAAAGUUCACUACAGAAUGAUUUACAAAAUGGUUUAACAUGGAAUAAAGUAGACUCCUCAUUAACAUCAAAUUUAUUAUUGAAGAUCACAAAUUCAUUAGAAUGUUCGAUAUGCUCAGAAGUAAUGAUAGCUCCAAUGACAGUUGAAUGUGGCCAUACUUUUUGUUAUGAGUGUCUACAUCAAUGGUUUAAAAAUAAAAUAAAUUGUCCAACAUGUCGUCAUAAAAUACAAUUAAAACCAGUUUUAAAUUUACAAUUAGAUGAGAUAUGUAAAAACAUUGGAGAACUAAUAAUUGAUUUGAAUUUAGAUUCAAAUAUAGAAUCGUUUAAAAAACGUAAAAUUGAAGGAUAUUUAGCUUACGAAUCACACUUAAAACAAAAAAGAAUAUUUGGUGAAAUUUUUACAAAUUGUACAUUUACAAUGUUGGAUAAUUCAGAUGGUGUACCAAGAUGUGGCAAUUGUAAUUGGGAAGCUCAUGGUAGUGUAUGCUUACAUUGUGGAAGUAGAUUUAGAACUCCUAAUUCAGAUGACGAAGAAGAUGAAGAAGAUGAUGAAUUUUAUGAAGACGUAAGAGGUAUUGAAGAAGUUGCAGAUAAUUAUGAUUCAGAUGAUAGUUUUAUUGAUUCAAGAACAGCAGAAGAAAUAUGGUUGGAAAUGAAUGAUAAUGGCGAUGAAGAUGAAGAAAGUAUUACAGAAUCAGACAUAAUAAACGCUGCUAGUGCAACUUCAAGAAGAAGAAUAUGGACUUCUGAUAAUGAAGAUGAAGAUGAAGAUGAACAUUCUGAUUGGGAAGGAUUUGAUAGUGCAAGAAAUUCAAAUUCAAGACCUCAUAUAAUAUAUGUUAGUGAUACAGACGAAGAAUUACAAGUUUAUAGUAAUAGUGAUCAAGAACGCGAAGAUGAUGAUAGUUUUGCAAGACUACAACUAGAGGAAGAUUCAGGUACUGAAUCCCAUGAUUUAAUAGAUGCAUUAGCAGAAUUUCAUGAUGAAAAUUUGGAAAAUUUAGAAGAUGAUGGGUUUAAUAGUAGUGAUCAAGAAAUUUAUGAUGAAAAUGAUUAUUUCGAUAAUAAUGACGAUGAUGAUAAUGAAGAAAAUAGCAUAUAUGAAUAG